GGAAGGCUAGGUGCAGGCUCGCCCCCUCAGGCUGCGAAAGGCGUUGGGCUGAUGUUACCCGGCCAAGGCUUUGGUGGUUCUGCCGGCAUACAAAGUCAACCAGGAUUUGUCCAGAUGCCGUACGGCAAAGGUCCAAAGAUGCCAGGUGCGCUUAAUGGCAAAGGUCUUGUAGGUGAUGUUCUUUCACCUCAGCACCCGGGCUCAGCACUCCGGGAGGCCGCCUCACCUCAACGAGCAAUCAUCGAAGGCGGCGCGCUUCCGCCGCCCGAGCCCACCAGUGGCCGGCUUGUUCUGGUGACACAAGACCAGCACCGGAAGCUGCCCUCACCCAUGCCGCAAGGGAAACAUCACAUGCAGGCGCCGGUACUGCCGCAGGCUACCCCGGUAUAUCCGUUGGUUUUCCCUCAGGGUAAAGAACCCAAGCUCGGUCCUAAAGCCUCUCCAGUGUCAGCGCCCGUGAGACCACCGGACGAAAGUCUGAAGGUCGCUUCCUAUGAAGCUGGACCGGCAGGAGAGACACCUGCAGCCCUUCCUCAAGGUUAUGGAACUGGAAGCUAUGCUGCACCUCUUAAUGGAUACGGAGCUAAUGCAGGCAAACCCCAACAGUCAAUCUACAGACAAGGAGGCAACCUUGCAGGAGCCGGCUAUGUCAAGGGAAGCUUUUACCCGGGUGUGGGUCAGCCUGAGCAGCAGCCAGCUGGCUUCAGUCCUAAUGGAAAAAAUGUCCCGGUGUACGGUGCAUCAGCAACGGAGGGCUUGCCUUAUGGUGAGCCAGCUGGGAUGGGUGCUGAGAAAUCCGGCGGCAAGUACGGCAUUGGCGGAUUGCAAUUUGGUGCCAACCCCCCAGCAGCAAUCAAUGGAGGCUACGGCAUCUAUUCACCCGCUGCUGAUGUGAAACCUGAAAAAUACGGUGGAGCCAAUAUGGGCAGAGGUGUACCUGGACAAUAUGGUUACGGUGGUUUACCCAAUAUUGGCCGCCUCCUUGGUGGUGGCAGCAAUGGACACAUGGCUGGAAAAUAUGGUUAUGGAGGAUCGCCCCAUGAAGUCCAACCCGUCGGAUUUGUUCCACAACUCAAGCAUCCCGCUGCUGGCCAAAAUGGUCCAGGAGCCCCCCCACAUCAGUCCGGCUUUCCUGGAUUCGAACCAAAUGUGUACUAUGGUGGUGCUGAAGAUUCCUAUGGGCCACGAGGCCCUGUGGGUGAAGGAAAGGCUGCAGGGAAACAUGUCAAUGGCGAGGACACGGCGAAUAAUAAAUAUGAAAACAUGGGGUACAUAAGUGGAAGCAAACUACAACCAGAAGUUAUUUCGCUCCCCGCGUCGGCCACUCCCGCGCCGAUGGGGUCGGACGACCUCUCGUCUGACCUCAGGGUCGCCGGCGGACUCUCGUUUGACUCCGACGCGGCCGGGGGAUCGGAGCGGCCGGACGACCCCGAGCGGAUGCCGGGUCAGCUUCACAUCCGCCAGCACCUCAAACUGCAUUUACACCCUCAAGGGUCACAAAAUGGGAACUACGACUUGAAUGGCUUCCUUGGAAAUAGUGGCUACCAAGGUAAAUAAUAUAGGAAGCUUAAUCCAUCUUCUUUCACACAGGCUAACGCUGCCGUCAUCGCAUUACCUGCCAAUGUACAUUUCUCAUCACUUCCUGAUUGUAUAUUUUACUUUUUAGUAUUCAAACCAAGACAUUGUGUUGCUACGUUAUGUACUAUGCAAGUUUAAUUCCACUUGCGUGUUCGCUGUACAUGCAAACACUUUGACAAAUGCAGGUUUGUUUUUUUUUUUUUUUUUUUGGGUCCUCUGCUUGUCAGUUUUUGAUUUGAAUCAGUCGGUUUUCCCUCAAUCUAUAUCUUGCAUAUUUAUAUACAAAAACAAAAAUACUUUCUAAUUUAUUUUGCAUGCUGAUGUUGGUUUUAUAACUACUUGUGUGGUUUCUUGUACAGUAUUUUUGAUUAAAAUCAGACACUUCAGAUUCGUGUAUGCGUGUUGAUCCUUCACAAGUAAAAAGGAAGGUGGGGGGGGGGUGAAACUAUAUCCUGGUAAGCAAAGUUUAUGUAACUGUAAAAUACCAUUUAUGGUAAUGUAUACACUCAAUUGCCCCUAGGUGUGAUUGUGAGUGCGACUGCUGUCUGUCUCCAUGUGCCUUGCGAUUGGCUGGCGACCAGUUCAGGGUCUGCCCCGCCUCCUGCCCGUUGACAGCUGGGAUAGGCUCCAGCACUCCCCGCGACCCUCGUGAGGAUAAGUGGGAAAGAAAAGGGAUGUAUGCUAAUGUAUCAACUUGCGCAUGUUUUUUUUUUUUUUUUUACACAUAAAUCCAGAUAUUGAUUUCACAAAUGAGCUGGUUUGCCAAACCAGAUUAACUCCAAAAGAAGGCCCAGUGGCGUCACAUCACGCACGUGCCAGAAACCGCCACGGCCAUCCCCAACGAUCCGGUUCCAACGAGGUUAAGGUGCGAUUGACUUAUUCGCUUAGAUGAGAGGCAAUAGCUUGCGUGGCCUUUCGGUGAGGAUUAGGCCCGCUUUAUCCUUAAGAAGCGCGCGCUGAUUGGCUGCGAGCGGGCCACGCCGACCCGAGCGGCUCCCAGGUUGAGCAGGCCUCCGCCGUACCUUCCGCCCGAGCUGCGCGAUGCCCGGCGGCGGCGGCGGAAUCGGCCACGUCGCGGACUCCCGCGGCCCGCCGUAAGACGCCGGGGAAGUUGGAUCAACAUGGUUGACCCGGGGCCGCGGCUGUUGGACUUCACCAAAACACCGACGCAUCUUCAGUUCAACAAGUACGUGCUGACCGGCUAUCGGCCGGCGUCCACCGCUCACGAGUGUGUGCGGAGUCUCUUCUACAUGCACAACGAGCUGGGUAACAUCUACAGCCACGGUAAGCGCAGAACGCUUUCAUUGUAACGGACAACUUUUAUUACUUGGUUCUGGCGGGGGUUGCGUACAACGUUGCAGAUGUCCAGUAUACUCUCACUUCUGGCCGGUUUUCAAAACCGACUUGACAGGCGUGUGUAAUGAGGAUAAUGGGAUUAGUUGUAAUCCGCCCUGGGAAUCCCUGUCCUGGAAAUAUCCCGCCGCUAACUGGGUCUUGAGCAGAUGAGCGUGGAAAUGCAAACUGAGGUGGCAAAAAGUACUCGCGCUCGAGUUGAAGCUGCAGGUACUUGAGCUCAAGGAUGUGUUCACGGAGGGGGCGGGAUUAAUCCAUUUGUGGGCAGCGUCCCAUUUUUGGGACAUCAUGAUUUUCACGCAUUAUAUCCUUCAGUAUAUCAAAAUAUUUAAGUGUUUUUAAUCUGAAGCCAUAAUUUGGUAGCAGGAGAGGACAACUCAUCUGUCAAAGUUAGCACGGAGUUAUUUCCCUUCCUGACCCAACAUGGCCGCCUCAAGUUAUCAUAUAAAACAACCAUAAACGAAAAAAGUGUUAUUUCCUUGAUUGUGGCCUGUUAGACUUUUAUCUCAAUCAGGCAAAAAAAAAAA